AUGGCAUCGUCCUCCACCCCAGCGACACCGCUGCUCUACGCUUGCGUCGCCUACAACACCACCAUCCUCACAGAACACACCACCUCCGCCGCAUCCCAAGCCUCCUCCCUGGCCUCCCUCAUCCUCCCCAAAAUCGACCACUCCACCCCGCAAAAACUAACCUACACCCACGGCACCCACCACAUCCACUACAUCGCCGCUUCCCCCUCCGAAUACCCCCCCAACUCCCCUCAAUCCCCCGCCGGCGGCCUGACUUAUUUAGUCAUCUCCGACUCUGCCGCUGUCAACCGCCGUAUUUCGUUCGGUUUCCUCGUCGAACUGCGCACGCGGUUUCUGGCUGCGCACCCGCCCGAGGUCGAAGGGUACGCUGACCUGCCGAGCUACGGCUGCGCGGGGUUUAAUAAUGCGCUGAGGGGGUUAAUGGUAGAGUAUGGGACGACGGCGCAGGGGAGGGAUGACGCGAUUGGGAAUGCGCAGAGGGAGAUUGAGGAUGUGAGGGGGAUUAUGACGCGGAAUAUUGAGGGGUUGUUGGAGCGCGGGGAGAGGAUUGAUUUGUUGGUGGAUAAGACGGAUCGGUUGGGGCAGGGGGCGAGUGAGUUUCGGGUGAGGAGUCGGGGGUUGAAGAGGAGGAUGUGGUGGAAGAAUGUCAAGUUGAUGGGGUUGUUGGGGGUGGUGGUUGUGUUGAUUUUGGUGGCUAUUAUUGUAUCGAUUAAGAGUUAG